UUCUGAGAGGGAGAAAGAAAACUCAGUUUCUCCUUGCGUGGAUGACUGAUGGAAAACUGAACAACUACCAUCGCCUGCUUGUGCACUGCACAGAACAAACCGCAACAUCAGUAAAAAGCAUCGUUUCUUUCUCAGUCUAAAUAUGCCUUUUCCACCGAUUAAUCUGCAUCAACGCAUGACUUCUCCGGGAAAGGAGCUUUUUAAGAAAAAGAAAACCAACAUAAACCUUCCUCAGUCAUUUCAAAUCAAAGCUCGGGAGGAGAAGAACACGGAAAAGCAAUGCUUUUUAAGCUCCUGGCCAUCGGCUAACUUGAAACAGCUGGGGAUCAAACCUCAACCGAGAAACAACCUGCAACUUGCCCAAAGAGGUGGCGCAAAUCUGGGACUGAAAGCGCCGAAGAAGAGCUCCCCGCUCGCUCUGCCCAAGAACCUGGCGAAUUCUUGCGAUAGCAUGGCUGCUUCCAGCGAGUCUGCUGGAACUCGGAAAAGCAGCAAGGCUUCCUCUCAGCAAGAUGCAGACGAAGAGAUACAUUUCUCCCUUAGUCUGACUCCUGAAGCAAUUCUCGUCAUCCAGAAGCGUAAUUUGGAAAAGCAGCUGUUAGCGAGGCAGCAGAAAAGCACAUUGUCUUCAGAUUUCAGACACAAGCGGAUCUUUCCGAGCAGAAUGACGCAAGUUUUCAAAAGCAACACCGUCGCCAAAUCGAGUAACCUCGAUGACAUAAGGACAAUUGUAAAAAUCUCUUUGCUGAAUGACCAGUAUAAAUACGACGACGUGGAGUACGAGGAAGAAGACUGUGGUGUGGAUGAAACAGUGUUAACGAAAUGCAGAGAGUGGCUUGAAGGAGUUGAAAGCGCCGCUGACUUAAAAAAAGUGGACAAACUGGCGACAUUGCCUCAUCUAGUUGCUAGCAACCAGCUGCCUUCUAAUCUAAGACAUUUAUAAUUUCCACCACACAAACAAAACUUUUAAAAAAAUAUUGUUGUCUGAAAAAAACGACAAUUCUUCAGCAAAUCGUAUUGUACGGUGUCUUCCCUAAAUACCCUGUUAUCAAAUUAAAAUCUCAAUAAUAUUCCCUGUGAUGUCUCAUUCUGCAGAAAUAAUGGGAAAGCAUGUGAAGAGAGAAAUGUAAGACUAUUCUGGACUGUUUCACUUACAAGUGAAUGUAGGCACAACAGAACGAAUGUUAAAUCUGCUAUCUAACCAUUUUAUAAACGUAUAAUAAAUGGGGGAAACAAUGUGGGUGAGGAUUCCUGGAAAUGCUAUCUCUAAGAAGAAUCCUCGGGGAAAGACAUUUUCCUGUAACAGAUCACAAUGGACCUUUGAACAAAAGCUACACAAGAAAAGCUUCCUAGAACAAAAUGGCUUUUGAUGGACAAUGUGUCAGCAUUCCCGUUCAGCACCUUGGUUUUCGAAAGUCGCAGGCAGUGACUUUGUGUUUCACGCAACAUUGUACAAAAUGUACAUAUAUAGCGUUGUAUGUAAAUAUUUCAAGUAUUAAGUUAUGUACAUAUUAUUUAUUAUUAAAUACUAUAAUGUUUUCUCAAGCUGUGCCUUUGCGAUUUUACGCUGUUUUAAAAGUGUAUAGAGAAUAAAAGGUUUUGAAAUCUA